AUGGCGCCUGCCCCAGAACCAGCGCAGGCUAACCCUACGGGUCCUCACCCAUCAUUCAUUCAAGUCGCCAAACCGUAUAUGUUUCAGCAACAUAUCAAUUCAAAACUUAUGAUCAUUGGCACAAAUCCUACGCGUGAAGACCAAUUUAGACUACAGGGAGUGACAUGGAUCAAUGAUGUUAGAAUUGCUUUACAAUUACCUGUCCGGACCUUUUGCACGGCUGCCACGUACUUUCAUCGAUUUCGACUUGUUCACAAAGAUACUGAAUAUCAAUAUCAAGAUGCAGCCGCCGCUGCACUUUUAACGGCUUGCAAGAUUGAAGAUACUCUCAAGAAAUCCAAGGAGAUCAUUUGCGCGGCACAUAAUUUGAAACAUGCAGCUGCAGAGCAUUUGAGUUCUGAUGAUACUAUUUUUGAGGGUCCUUCUAAGGUCGUCAUUGGCCUUGAACGUCUUAUGCUCGAGGCAUCUAGCUUCGACUUCCGCGUUCGUUAUCCUCAGAAACAUCUUAUUAAGCUUGUUAAAAAUGGUGGAAUUCAAAGAGAUGUUGCAGAGGUCGCCUAUCAAGUCAUGCUGGAUCUUUAUCGAACCUUUGCACCCCUCAAGCAAACUUGUUCUACUAUGUCCUAUGCUUGUGUGGAACUGGCGACAUUAAUUUGUGAGAAGCAAAAGGGUUGGAAAGGUCCAAGCUAUAAAAAAUGGUGGACUACACGAUCAGAAAUCAUGGAGACAAUGCUGGAUCUAUUGGAUCUAUAUACACAUUAUCAGAAGCAGUCCAUCGUUGGACCUUUACACAAUAUUGAGAAGUUUAUUAGCAUCCGGAUCACGAUCAAUCAAGAACUGGAAGGGAAGAAGUUACCGCGCUAUACCGAAUACUACGAAGCGCCACGAAAUAAUGGCAUGCGACAUGCUCCUAAUACGCCUGUCACACCAGCGAGCCCCGCGGAUUUGCGAUUUAAUGGUCAUGUUGCAUCGCCAGCAAACCUGAGCCCCAAAUCGAUAAGCUCGGGUGGGAAACAACUCACAGGUGUUCGUGGUCAAAACGGCACAGUACGCUUCAUGUUGGAUGUGGCCACGGCUAAGAAUGAGAGAGACACGGUUAAUGAAUACUUCCUAGAUGAAUAUGAAAGUUAUGAGAUUGAAGUGGAAGAGACGGUGCCAGUUGAGCCAAUACCAACGCAUCAAACUCCGAGAGAGCCACAUCAUGGACGACAUCAUGGACAUGGACAUCACGGACACGGACAUGGACGAGAUUAUCGACAUUUCAACAAACGAAUGCGAAGAUGA